UGUUGCGAAGGUUUCCUGAGCGAUCUGUCUGGUGCUCUUAGAGAUGCGAAAGGGGCAAGAUGUUGCGGCGUGAAAGGCUACUUUCCUGAUUUACAAACUUGCUGCCUUGGUAAGGAACUAAGCCAUCGAUAUUUUUCAAUAGGGUUGGAUAACGAGCUCAGAAUCCCGGAAUCCUUAAAAAUUCAUAGUGUUCGUGUCGACGAUUAUUUUCAGUGUUAUACCUGAUUCUACUAUGUUUCGCUCAAAAUUUAAUCCCUGAUUCCCAAAACGUUGAGAAUUUGUCUCUCUGAUCCCGCAAACGCUUUCCAAUUCCUAGAGAUUUCCUAAACCCUUAAUUCAACUGCCAAAAUGGAUCGAAAUGUAAAGCUUCUCCUCACAGUAUUAAUACAUCGUUGAGCAAACAGAUGGAGGAAAUUUCGUACUUUAACAAAGUGAGGAUUUUGAGUUGAUCUGUUGUCCAAUUUUUUUGACUGCAUUUUACGAAAAUGCUUGAGACUCACUAUGAGACUUACUACUUAGAACUGGAGAAAGGUUAAAAAAUUUAUCUGCUCGUACCGCAGGGUUUGGGAACCUAGGGGUUCACAAACCGACAGCUGGGAUACCACAUUGCAUUUCAGGCCUUUGAACACUGAUAGCGUAAACCUUCUUACUUAUCUGGUUUUUUGUUUUCCUAAGGUAAGGUCCACUAUCUUCCUGGACAAGACUCGGAUGCUGAUGACAGUACGGUCCAAUGCUGCGGCGAUAAACCCUUCUUGACGACGCAGGCCGUCUGUUGCAAUGAUGUUGUCACGUCGUUGCUGUCUGUUAAAAAGGCUGAUAUGCGACACUGCUGUGGUAAUCAAGGCUUCAACGCCGGAGAGAGUUUCUGUUUGACAUGCGGAAAAACAAAGACAGUCGUUCCACUUUCAGAAAAGGCCUUGUGGAGUUGCUGUCAAAACAAGAAGGUCUACAAACUUGAUGAUUCAAAGUGUUGUGAUUACGGCGUAGAGAAAGGAGAUCAGUGUAAGUACAAGCCAGGGGCACCCAACGACAAUUUUUGGAAAAUAUCUGUUCGGAAGACGAUUUGACAUCUAGAAUUUUCGGAACAUUUGUUGUUAAAUUUCUUGCUUGCCUGCCUCUCCUAGGAUUUUCGAACCCCCCAAAAAUGGUAUAAAUGCACAUUUUUAACGGAUUUUUACCCUAAAAAGGUCACCUAGAAUUUUCGGGAGCAUUUUUUCUGGCUGAAAUUUUCGAAAAGGUAAGUUUUGAUCCCUAUAAUUUUCGGAUCACUAGACUUUCAGCUAGGAAAUCCGAACAGAUGAAAAAGUUUUAGGGGAUAAAAAUGUACCUAUACUACCGUUUAAAUACUAAAAUACGUUCGACAAUGCUAUGUUUAAGUGGUUUUGAACUAUAUUCUCGUUGGGUGCCCCUGACAAACAUUAUAAUCCAAAAACCCUUGUUUUUCUUCGUAAUUUUCGAUCGACGUAACAACAAGGCUUCAACAUCUAUUUAUAAAAUAUAUGCAGCUCUAGUUAAAAACGUGAUAAAUUAUUCUCUGGUAAGCCUGUUCGUGGCGUUCACUCAAGUACACUACGUUCCUGCGAACAGGGCAAGGGCAUCCUUGCGUCUUUUGUUAGUGGCAGAACUACUCUUGUAAGAAACUGUCAUAUAUUAUUUUCUGGGAAGCUUGUUCAUCGCGCUUCCUCAAGUACACUACGUUCCUGCCAACAAGCUAAGGGCACCGUUGUGCCUCUUAUCAGAGGCAACGAAUUAGAACAGUUGUGUUUUACCGUACACAUACACCACUAUCACAGAAUAUAAGGGAGGAUACAAAGCGAUGCAUAAGUUAAACAAAUAAUGCUUCAAAAUGGAAGUUACACUUAGAUAUUUACACACACUCAUGACUCAUAAAGGGAAGGUAGUCAAAAAGAGUUCAAAACGUUUCGCUUGUUGAUGGCUUGUCAUGAUCAUGAGACGCUCAAAUGAAGUAUUCUUCAUAUAUUCACAUGAAAGGUUAUUUACUCCCUGACGCGCUCACUAUAAAACCUGUAACUUUUUUUAAGCAAAAAAAGACUUUUCAGUUUUAAUACAGGGUAUCCAUAAGUAGGGUUAUUGUGUCAUUUUAAAGGAUCCCUUUAAAAUGCUUGAAAAAGUACUUUAGACCUUAUCAGUACCAGCUAUCUGCUCCUGGAAGCAUUGUUUUAGAAUUUAAUCUUCCCUUGUAGGUAAGUGCGUAUUUCAUAACAACACUUUCCUGUCUGGAGAGCGUUUUGGAGACCCAACAGAUCCCCCAUCGACACCCUGCCGCAACUGUGUAUGUCAAGAUGGCACCACCAUUUGCGACACAGUUCCGCAAUGCCCAGGCCUACUGCCACAUGGCUGCACCUUCUACCCGGCUAAUGGAGAAUGCUGCCCCAUUUUCGAAUGUUUUGACAAGCAAUGUAAGUAAGGAACAUUAAAGAAAUUGCAAAGUAAUAACAGCAGUGUAUUUCCCCUUUAUAUUUGGGAAGGGAUGUUGCGGUUGGGCUUGCUCUUUGGCAGAAAGUGGACGCCAUUUAUAGUCAGGUUGGAAACACUAUACUGUAACACUCCGAAGCUCUGUUUUUCAAAUACAAAAAUAAGCCCAACCGGAUUUCUCGGAGCCUUAUCUGGUCCAAGUCUAUUUUUUCUAGUGCUGUUGUUUCAUUUGGCCUAUGGCUCUCUUAAGUUUGUCCACAUGUGUAUUGCUCGAGCUUCGAAUGAGGAAAUUCUCUUUUGUGCACUUUGAUUUUGUUUGUUUUGUUUGUACUGCUCAGGUGACAAUAAUCACAAGCUUUUCAUGAGGAGAAAGUCUCACGUUUCUGCCAACACAGUUUUUCCAGAACUGGACGUACUAACUAUUUCGGUUUGGAUGAGAACGGAGCAAACCAGUGCGGCCACCUUACUUUCGUAUGCUACUGACAUCCGAGCCAACGAGCUGGUGAUCAGAUCGCAUCCUAAUUUCAGGCUGACGUUCAAGGAUUCUACCAGUGACGAGUUCAGUAAAACCCUAAAUGACGGUCGUUGGCAUUUUGUAUGUAUUCAGUGGGAAUCAUCGACUGGACAAUGGUCUCUUUUCAUAGAUAAUCCGAGUGAAGCGUCAGAAACGUUCUCCCUCGGCCAGGGCAAUACUCUUCAAAAAGAAGGCUACCUUGUUCUUGGCAGACAACAGGAGCCGAAAACAAAUCUAAUCGAUGCAGAAGCGUUUGUAGGAGAGAUUGCGUACUUCAAUGUAUGGACCUCGAAGAUCACUAACAUCAACGAUGUGAAGACGAAUUGUGAUGGCUUUCAUGGAGGGGAUUUGGUUCAUUGGUCCGUUGGGUCAACCGCUCCUGAGACCAUUGAUGCUCACCAAAGUGCAUCCAUUAUAAAAGCGGAUGUCACGGGAAUGUGUACAAGUUUGUGCUAUGUUAAUUUGCAAUAUAUUUAAUAAUAAAACCUUUAUCCAAGACUGAAUCUAUAAAACUAUUUGAAUCGUUUCUUAGUGGAAACAAAAUCACACUAACUUAAAUAUAAAUCAGCUUAAAUAUGUAAUUAAUUGAAUAAAUGUAUAACUUAAUAAAUAAAUUAAUUAAAUAAAAAAAGUGGUAGAUCGUGUUUCAACUUCAAAAAACCGGGCUUCGUUAUUUGUUUUGACACCACAUUGGACGCACCGAGUGGGUGUGGAAACGAGGAGUACAAACGUAAGGGGGGACCGCGAGAGAGACGUAAAUAGAGGUGGCUGGUUAACAGAGCCGGCGGCUUAACAGGGGCUGCACUAACAGCAUUAUUCAGACAGUAUAUACAGGACUUUCACAAAGUCCCGAAAAUAAAGAUUAAGGAGCUUAAAACGGUCACAAUUUAUCUUGUAUUGUUUCGCAGGUCAAAAUGCUGAGAACGCUGACGUCAUUACACCAGGGAAAGAAGAGUUUAUAUGGGAGGCAGAUGGACCUGAACUUGAAUCCCUAUCCGGGGAAACCUGUGCUCAAAGCGCUGUGUUUCGUAUACAAAGCACAUAUCAUGCUUUCCGCCUUAAAGUUUGCCCAUCCUCAACUGCUGGCUCCCUUGGAAACCUCCACGUCUACGUUGUGAAGAGAAGCAGCGACAGUAAACUACACUGGCCUUUUCAGAAUUCUCUCAGGUUAUCUGUGAUAGUAAGGAAAGGAAAUACAAAGAUACAUCGCCGUAUUAAAUACGACUCAGUUGAAUGGAGGAAGUCAAAGAAGUGGUCUCUGGUGACUGGUUCUUGUCCUUCUAAAGACGCUAUUAGCGACGUUUCAGAACCGCAGUUAAAUCCUGAGAGUUGGGAGUGGACAGAUUUCAUCACCCGGGCAGACGCCACAAAUAACUAUGAAGAUGGAAAGCUCCGAAUCAAAGCUAUUGUAUACACAAAGGAGGAAAGUAAGUAUAUACAGGAAAUUUCCACCUUGCUAGUGCGUCAUUCAUGGCGGAACACUCUUAAGCCUGUUAAUUUUAAUGUGAGAUCCUUGCCACUGAGUUGACACAGGCUACAAGUUUAAAAAUUAGCACCGUGUCUCUGUUUUUUCCCUGCGUCAGAAAAUGGACAUGUUGCGCAAUUCGAAAUUUCCCACCAGUACCUGCUCGGUAUUGCUCUUUUCCUCAUAGUUGGGCUUGCAAAUGCAUGACUGCUGUUUAGGGGUACCAGAAAGGUUGUCCAAAUCGGUAUAUUUAAUUUACCAUAUUUGACUUACCUACCACACCUCAAGAGAAGUUCAAAUUUGCCGUAAGCACCAUUAGACUUAAAAUACCCUGCGAAUGAUAUCCGGUUGUCUAAUGGUGGUAAGAAUAAAAGAAAAAAAUUGUCAAGAUUUUGCCUCUAGGAGUCCGUGGUCACACAAACUAAGUGAGAAUGUCAUGGUGUGAUUUAACUGAUAAAUCGAGUCAACUCUUUGCUGGUAAGAAACCGUCCUUAAGUAAGGUAAACGAAUGGAAAAAGGCUGUAAUUUCCAAUAAUUUAUCGAUCUGUGCUUUGUAACAAAUUUUACUGAAUAUUACUGGGGAUUUUGCUCGGUUAAUAAAUUCUUCAUAAUAUCGUUUUGUGAUUAUCGGCUGAUUAUUCUGUGGUGAUAAAACAUUGCUCUUCAUUUCACUAGCCCUCAAGGACUGCCUGGAAUGCUAAGUAGCAGAAAAAAAUGAUAAUAGGAAACAAUAAAGGAUUCAAGAUAAGAGGUUUUGGUUGAUCGGUGAUGGCCAUUGCGAUGAAAUGACUUUUGCAAUUCAACGCUAUUUAAGGUGUAGUGUGAAUUAUUUGGCUCCUCUCCUCUUAAAAACAACUAUAUGUUCGGGACAGAAAGCGUCUUUUGAGUAAAAACUAAGUCAUCAAAUCAUUUUCCUAGCCAUGAAACUUGGAGCUGCUACUCAUAGAGAUUUAGUUAUAUAGAAGGACUUUCCGGGGCCGCUAAACUAGUUGUAGUGUUCUUGAAACACCUCCUCCAGCACACCAUAACUUUGUAAAAUACCAUCGAAAAUUACAACCUCGCCAGAGUCGAAGUUGUCUUGAUUUUAUACGUACCCUUAGUUUCAAGUUUCGAGGUUCAAGUUUCAAGUUUAUUAAGUCUUCCAAAAGAUUAUUUACAAUGAACACCGCCUGCAAAUAGCGAGCUAAUCUAGGCAGGCGGUGUUAAGGACAUACAAACACGAAUUACUGAUUAAAGGCGUUAAAAAAAAGUCAAUUUUGAAUACAUUAUUUGUCAAAAGAGGAAAAAAGUGAUAAAAAGUGAAGAAAAAUAUUAUAAUUUAUGAUUGAAUCAUAAUUAAGAUGCCUUUUUUAUUUCAGAAAUAAGAGUGCUAGUGUCAGCAUAACUGUCCAGAAUUUCUAAAGUUACAAAUAGUAAUUUUUGAAUUUUUUUUUUUGAAUAUGUGCUUUGGUAGUUAGUUAAUCUAACCUGCGUAGCAAGCGCUUAACAACGAUCCAUUGCUGUCUACAUUUUGUGUAUCUCAGGUGGCUGGGUCUAUUGGAAUGGUCAUUAUUACAGUCAACGUAAACGAGAUCAACUUAAGGAAUCAACUUGGUACGGAGCGGAAGGCGAUUGUAUAUCGCACGGUACCAGGGUUCAUUUGGCGUCCAUCCAUAACCAAUUGGAAAACGACUUUGUGAGCUCACGCGCUUCUGGUGAUCAGUGGAUGGGAUUAACCGAUAACAAUAGCCAAGAAAAGUCCUUCAACUGGAUAGAUGGCUCAGCUUUUGGAGGAUUUACUAAUUGGGAUACGAAUGAACCCAACCAAGCAACGGAGCAUGGAGAUUGUGGGGUACUCAAGGCCAAUGGAAAAUGGGCCGACGAACCGUGUGAAGUACAAGAUACCGCCAAUGAGGGGACAGUUAGGGACGGUGCUGAAGUAGCAGCCCCAGAAAGAGAGUACACUUGCAAGACUUCAGGUAAGAGAAUCCACCUUUGAUACAUUUAUUUUACAUGGGUUUCUUGGGAUGGAACAAGUGGAAGAAAGUUGUGAAAUAUAACUGAAUGCGGUUGAGGCUGGAACGAAUGUGAAGGCUCCUAUUUUUGAGCCUGAAAUGCCCUUUAAGUAUGUUCUUACGUUACGCGUUAUACAAGGAAUUAUUAUGGAUGUUCUUAUUUUCUAUGAUAUGAACAUGACCAGGAAAAAUGGAAGCUUACAACUCUUAAAUGUAUUGAUUAAUUUAGUUUAGUUUUCUUUUCUCUAAUGUUGUUGUUUUUUCCCGGGUAUUCCUCAAAUUUAAAUUGUUACUAGGCGAUUUUAGCUAGAUUGAAAUAAAUAAAAAUGCGUUGUCUUUGUCUCUCAGGCUGGUACGUUUGAAGCAUGUUUUUAACUUUUGGGUUUAUUUUUAGCCUCACCGUUCAUAAAACGAGAGUAAUUAGUGAUGAUCAUUUAUUACUAUUGUGGAUUACUGCUUGAAAAGCAAAGUCGGUAUUUGGUUUUACAUGCACAGUAAAUGAAAAUUUGCAAACAGCUUGAGUAAUACAUAAUUCCUUUUAUCAAUAUCUCACUAUAAAUUGAUGUUUUCGUACUCAAAACACUUAGGAUGUAGAAAAGAAUGUAGAAUGGAAUUACCAGUCGGAAUCUCGACAUUAAAAAGGAGAACCUAUAAUGUCGACAAUGAUAGACAGUGCUUUUGUAUAGCGCACUUUUCCAUGUGGAUGUGUUCAAAGGCGCUUUACAUCUACGAUAUGAUUACAACGAAUGAGUAAGCCUAGGGUGGUCACACCAGGGUUCGUUACGUUCUCAGUGGUUCUUUUAGAAUGGAGAAGAGAACCGCUAUUUUCAGGUGGUUAUCCGAGCUUUAUGAAGGUUUAACCAGUUGUAGAUGUAUUAUAACAACAGAAGCACCUUCUCCGGCCUUGGGUUGAGCCCAAGACCUCCCGCAUUGUAUUCCAGUACCGUAGCCACUUAGAAAACGGGUCGCGGACGAUGAAAAAGUAAAAUGUCGGAAACUCGAUAUAGAAAAAGUAAAUUCUUGGAAUCUGGCUGAUGAAAUAGUAGAGGCCUGUAAACGUUAUGUUGAAAACUUAGAUUCUUGAUAUAUAGAAAAACUAAAUUCUCGGAAUCUCGCUGUUGAAAUAGUAGAGGCCUGGAACCUCUACGUUGAAAACUUACAUUCUCGGAAUAUUAAAUUUAAGAAACGUAUUAAAACGUAUUAGAAUCGUCUCAAUAAGAUACAUCAGCCGCAGAAGUUAAGAAACGGAAUAAGCAGCUCUGUUUUAACUGGGAAAAAUAUAAGCUGGGAUGGAAUUGAAAAAGAAAAAACAUUUUGUUUCAUCUCCUUUCUAUGUUAAUGCUUUUUGCAUGGCGUACUUUUCCAUGUGGAUUAUACCUCAGCAGUAAAACGUAUCUUUUUGCUGUUUUUAAGGGAGAUAUGUCGACUUCCAAACUCCACCAAUCUUGGAGAAAAAGGUAUGAUAUGUAAUCUAUUCGAGUUUGUAAUUCCUGGCCUAGUGUAAUCUGUGUUCCAGAGACUUUUUAUACUCGUUUAGAGUAUUAAUAAAAGGGUCAUCGUAUCCGUUUAUACAGAAACACACACCUUUCUUAACGAUUAAAAACGUUUUGGUUUGACAAGCGAAAGAUAAAAAUUACGGCCCAUGAUGCCGUGCCCUUGAGUAGCAGUAUCUUAACAGACUUGCUUCUGGUACUUCAUAACUUAAGAAUGGAUUGGUGGUAUUGCCUUGGACAUGUGCUAGUUAUUUCAUUGAUUGGAGCCACGUUUGUUUUUACAGGUUCUACCUGAAAACGAAGCCGGCAUCUUUUCAGUUGAUGUCUCCCGCAGUGGCCAAAAUGCCAAAAUAACCUUUUUCACCGGUCUUCAUCAAACGGUGCCAAAUAUGAAGUUUACAACUGUAGCUGAUAAAGUGAGGCACGGAGCAAGCUUUGAGUUUGGAACGUACGUUCAGAUGUCUCCAGAACAGUUAGGCGACCUGUACGAAGAGCCACCGAGUGGUGACAGCUCACCCGCUUCACCUAAAAGUGAUAAAAGUGGAGCAGCCGAUCUCGAUGGAGUAGUGGACAAGAUCACUAUAGAUCAUUACACUGAUAUGGACACAGUCGGUAAUCCGGCGUUCUCAAUCGAGUUUUGGGUGCGACCACGUAGGAUGCCUCCCAAAGAUCAAUGGAUGGCACUCUUUUCAAAAUCGUCCAGUUCCUCCGGCUACAUUAAUUUAAACCUCAAGUCUGACGGUCAGUUACAGUUUACAGUAGCCCCAACUGGUCAGGUGAAUCCUUUGAGAUUUGUUACAAGAAUAAGUGGUGACAAUUGUGAGAACUGCGAGAACUGCAAAAUCAAAUCCAUGGAGUUUCAACAUAUCGCAGUAACAGGAAGAGCUGGGAGUACAUUAAAAGUUUAUGUGGGAGGAGACGUUUGUUUUUCCACGAAUGCAGCAAGUGAGUGGGAAGGUGUCACUGGUUUACCUGCUUCAAGCGAAGGAACUUUGAUUUUUGGUUCCCAUACAAAUCCACAAGAUUCUAGCACGCCGGUUAAGUUCAACGGGCAACUUGCUUAUAUCCGUAUCUUUGACAACGAGAGGACAGAGAAGGAAAUAGAAAGCAAUAUGAAUGAUCCAUCCUCGGAAAGCGGCGCUCCUGUAGGCUCCUGGCACCUCAGACUAUCUCAAGAGAUCAAGUUGAUUUACUAUGUCAUAUCAGACUCAACCCAAGUUUCCAGCCUUAAAGUGUUACAAGACUUCACCCCGGCUUCCUCCAGUUUUCCAGUUGUGGCAUAUGAACGAAAUGAAAAGAUUUAUUUGUUUCGCUUAUCAGCUGAGAAUGAUGUCGUCGUAAAUGUGUAUCAGCUGAGUCAAGAUCGAAGUAGUCUACAAGUUGCCACUCAGGGACACACAACUGUAAACACCGACUCAAAAAGAGCUCAAAAAGGAUGUUUCGCGGUCGCACGUGAUGCCACAGGUGAUCGCUGGAUUGUUAUUACUUGUCGAGAGAGAACGGAAAAGCCAGUUGAAGUCACUUUUAAUUGGCAGGUUUUUAAUACUAACCCUGAUGGUAGUCUGGUAUCAGCCCAGGGAGAUGGAAAACGGGGCGCGCUUCGUGUGGCUGGAGUUGAUGGCCUUGACACACGCCCCUCUGCUUUGAUUUUCGAUAAUCACCUUCUUAUUACUGCUGGUACCAACUAUAAGGCCAGGACUCUUUUUCUUGAUUUGAAACUAAACGGCGCAGGACUUCCGGAAGUGAGGCCAAGCCGUGUAGUCCCAUACUCAAUUGGUCCAAAUAUAAUUCACGCCGGGAUCAUUUAUUACGCUUAUCUUUACAAACCCUCAGGGUUUGGUGGAAGCACAGAUUCGGAGCAGGUGUUUUUACGCCGGCUACCACCGCAGAGUCGUAGCAUCUCCCCAAGGUAUAGAGUCAGAGGGCAAAAGGUUGACCCUACGACACUUACAGCGCAAAGCUCUAUUGGACCUGACAUGCCCGAAAACGAUUGGUUCUGGUUCUUGUUCAGAAUAAGUACAUUGGGUGGUGGAAAUGUUAUCGAGAGUGGUCAGAGAGUCUUGAUUGAAACACCAGAUAACCAACCCAAUAACAAAUUUAAAUGGAACGUCGUAAGUUGCAAUGGUAAAAACCUUCAAGCUGUUCGAAAGCGACAUCUCUGGAAAUUUUGGAUAUUUAAGACGGAGACAUGUGAUCCUGAAAACAUAAAAGUCCUCCACGGAGACAUAGGACCGAAUGACUGCAUACUUCUGUGGCCCAAAAGUCUUCAAUUUGGACCCAACUGCUUCUGCAAGAACAUUAUCGCGUUUCCCACACAGCAACAAAUUGAAGGUGCAAGGCAGACCUUUGGUUCAUGGUUCGGUCCUUGGCGUCUAAUGUUGCCAAUGGAGAAUACUCCAAUUCGUCCAAUUCCGGAACCAACAAGCUCGGGAGGAAUCGGUUCAGCACCAAGAACUGUUUAUGAAGGCAACAAAUACGCCUUUCUUCAUUAUGGUAGUGAAGGAAUAAAUGUACCCUCCCAGCGUGGAGUAAGAGUAGCCCUUCUUCGAUUUGCCAGAACCACUAUGGCUCCAGUUGUGGUAUCGAAAACUGGAGCCACUCCACCCAUCAAAGUAAUAUUUCGCGGUAACGGUGGACCCCUUCCUCUUGUUGGAGGGUUCCGGAAAGGCAGUGUAAACAUUGAAGCAGCGUUCCAGAACGUGUAUCGAGAGGGAAGUUUUGCUCAGAAACGAAUGACUUCAGGAUUGUUUUACAGUAUCUCUUAUGCACCACCGUCUGACGCCCAGUCAGACUCGCCUGGCCAGUUCACGGACCUAGCAAGGAUUGCUGGACUUUAUAGUUAUGAAUAUCCUAAUCCACCUCAGAACUUUGUCUGGUUACUUCCGCCACCUUUUAAGAUAAACGGUAUCUGCCAGGCAGUUUCGACACUUUUCGAUUUCGAUACCGAUACCGUAACAAAUACCGCACCCGAUUCGGUUGACAAGUUGACUGAGGUCGCCGAAAAAGCAGUUGGUCCUGGGAGUUUUAGCGAGGGCCUUUUUAAACCCCUUCUCACGAUCCAUAUCGAUAUAACGCUACUCCACGUUAUAGGUGAACGUGUUAAUACAGCCAUUUCCGAUAAGAUCAAGUCCUCUCUACCGCAACCACCAGGAAGUGAAAGUGAUACUGAGAGAGAUCCUGACCCAAGAUGGCAGACGGUUGGAGAUGCGGAAGCCUGUUAUUACAUGUCCGACAUGUCUGACUGGAAAGACAAAGUUCUAAAACGAAAAAUCAAGGACAAAUUGCAGCAGUUGUUUAAUUCAGAGUGGAUGAAAGGAGAGAUGGCUACAUUAACAUCACAGAUAGCACCAGAGGUGAUGCGCGAUGCCUCCUUGAAGUAUUCCAGUUAUGGCGGAAUUGCUGUUCUAAUUGCCAACAGGCUCCGUGGACCGGACUUUUUGGAGCAAUUACUUAUUCAGGAUCUACCAACUUUGAAGCUUGUGCUUCACUCAUAUCUACCGGUAUUGGACGCUAUACGACCGGACCUUGGACUAAGUGCAAGAAAGGAUAUUAUCAGUUCACUAAUAGCGAGAGCUGUGCUUAAUCAGGUAUGAAGUAACUAACACAGACCAAACUGUUCCCCAGGAUUUGGAAAGGCAUCGUGCCACUUUUGUUUCUGUGCGAUACGAUAGUUACUCUUUUGCGUUGUCCACACGAUCAGAACUAAAACAAUGCAGUUAUUAGAAUUAAUAUUUUCACUGUUAUUUCAAUAGCUAAGACAAUAUUCUAUUCUAUUCAUAAUGUUCUAUUCUGUUAUUCCUCUCAUCCGCGACUGAACAUCUCACGUGAGGUGCACAAUCGAAUUUAUUUCGAUAAAUUCUCAAUUAUCAUGGACUUUUGGUAGCCCUGGUCCAUGACUAGAAACUCGAAAAUCGCGUAUCAGCUCUCAGCACUUACCAAAGCUUCAUCUGCUUAUUGGCCGACUUUGCAGCAAGCUCCUACUUAAAACGCUUGUUAGCUAUCUCAUUUCAUUAUACGCUAGUUAUCAGUGUCGUUCUGGGAAAUAAGCAAAAGACGAAAAUUCUCAGCAUGCAACAGGCAAAAUGAAACCCGAGUUCUCUCGAUUAGAAUCCAACAUAUUAGACUCCGAUUGUACUUUAUCAUCCAAAAUAGAAGUCAUGUUACAUGUCUCUAACCUGCCUGGACACUCUACGAGUUUUCACUCGGUCAGGGCAACACGGAAAGAGUUUACAACAAAGUUCAUUUUUCAAAUAGACACCCUUUAUCUCCAUGGUGUUAACGAACGCUUUUCAUUCAUCUAAUUUACUUCCAUUCACACGUUGCUAUGGUUAACCAGUCGCACAACUCCGAAUUUCCUGUAUAAACCAGUCAUAACUAAUAAUUCUGUAGAUCAGAAGAGCAGCCUUUUUUUUAUAAGAAAGUCUUAGGUUAUAGAAAAUAUGACAUGUUUGCAGGGAGCAAUCUAAACCUGCCACACCUGUUAAUGACUGUUACAUUAAGAGACAGUAAAUGAUUAAAGGGCAUGCGCACAUUGGAACAGAGAACGAUAAGACAUGGUUUGAUGCUACUCUGGUUUAUCAUGAAUAAUUGUAACUGAAAAGUUGCAAUCAGAGGCCCAUCAUUUGGACACUCCUGAGGCUUCAACGCGGGUAUGAAUGGAGGAAAAGACCCCAACGAAUUCACAUUUGAAGAAGACAAUACACUGGAGUGUCCAAACUUCGUGUCAUGUAUUGUAACUUUUCGGCAGUUACAUUCGUUCAUAAUAACUCAGAGUAGCGUUAAUUUGUCUCUGACUAUAAGUGAUUUUCUACCAUACCCAAUUUGAUUGAAGAGCAUGUCUACCACGCAUCUUGCAUUGCGUGUUUUAGCUUGCCUUUGUUUUUUUCCAUAGCCCUGGAAACUGCUGAAGGCUUCAGAUAAUCAAGAUCUUGCACUCAAACUGGCUUUCGAGACUCUUGUGGGAAACCUAGUACCAGACGAAUUGCGCAUCCAAAUCCGGGACACAGUACUGUUGGUUUUUCGAACCUUGUUUAAUCCUAUGACCAGCACUCAGCUCGGCAUACUUGAACGUGUGUUACAAGUGAAGAAGCAGAAUACACUUGGCGUCACUUCUCGGCGGGCACAGGAGUUCCAAGAGAAGUUUUUGGAUAUGUUCAAGGAAAAACGUGCUGAAGAUAUAGCAACUUUUGACAGGCGUCUCACCGCCAGAGACGAGGAAGAUGAGAGAAAUCCACCGGGUGACGAUCUUGAAACACUGAUUGAGCGACAUUAUGAAAACCGAGCAAUAAAGACUAAACAGUUGCGCCUUUUAAUGGAUUUCCAAGACCAUGUACUACAAAAGCGCUUAUACCGUCGGAAAGAAGGCACACUGACGCCACGACCAGAGGGGUUUGUUGAGAGAAGGCUUGUGGAAAAUCCACGCCUGUUUGCGAAAGUGUCAUUUGCCUUUAACACCAUUGGUGCCCUCGGUGCUCUUGGUAGUAUCAUACUAGAGAUAAGUGACUCUGGCAGCGAUCUUUACAGUCAUAACCUCAAUCAAUCCAUACCCGCCGGUAUCGGUGUAGCAGCAACCUUCCUCGGUGCCAUUGGAUCAUGGAAAAGCUCCAUUGACUUCAUAAUUAGUAUAAGGGAGCAGAUCACUCCUAAUACCCCCAACAGCGCUGACGUUGAAGAGAUACCCAUGCAACAACUAAACAGGGCAGCAGAUGACAUUCCAGUUUUUGAUAGACUGGCCGCCGCGGAUUUCCGAGUAGAUUUGGCGAGCACGGAGCGCGUUACUACGAGGCUCUCCAAAUACUUUACCAGAGCUGCCACGUUUGAAACAAAGCUUUUUCUGGGUCUAGGAGUCGUUGCAGACUUUGCGUUCUUUGGCAUAAGCCUUUAUAACAUUUACAAAGACAGUCAAGAAAAAACACUGGAUGGGUGGAAGUUAGCAGACGAUAUUGGACUAGCGGUUUCAUCUACUUUAGGGGUAGUAGUUGGUAAGUCAGUUAAUAAUAGCUAAUUUUAAGGUGGUUUAAUUAAAACUCGUCAAAACACAAAAUUGAAGUACACUGAAAGGAAAACACAAAGCCAACAGAUCACCUUUGUCACGAGCUACACGUUAUCUGUCUAUUAUUAUUUCUUUUCUCUACUUACCCAACUUUCAAAUAGCAUUUCUGUGGAACGAGAACCAAAACGUGCUGUUAGUGAUCAAGGAAGUUUUCUCCUCAAACAAUCCGUUGGCACUGGUAUUCUGAACUUAAAUUCGGGGUUAACGAUAUGACAGAAUAGGCUACUGUAAUUUGAUGUUUCUUCAUAAUGAAUGAUUUAGAUGCUUUGGUACUCUUCCUACCAGGAGCCCAUUCCUCCUGUCUCUACCUACGAUCGCCUUCUGGCUAAAGAACCCGUUUUAAGUUUCCAUACUAUCUCUGUUUUUAGACUUGUUCUCAUGAGCGAACGAACAUUGCCCUAUGAGGCAGUUUGAGGAGUAACGCUUUAGUCGUUUUUUAUUGCUUUAGCUCCCGUAGGAGGACAACCGAAUGUAAGAGAAAAUCCCAUUGACCUUUCUUCGUCAUAAUGACUUCAAAGUAGAUCGAUAUAAAGUGCCAUAUACAAAAUAUAGUGUUUGAUAACGCACUGCUGUGGCCAAGUACAUCUAGUCACAUUUCCAUUGCUUCGAAGGUGACAACUGACCUGCGAGAGCCAUUCUUGUAAGCAGCUGCUCCAUAUAAAGUCACCAUUAUUCCUUCUCCUGGGUGUCGACUUAUGAGAGUAUUAGCUGUAGCUUUAGUACUAGCUGUAGUAACAACAACAACUAACUCCCUCCCUGAAAAAUUAACAAGAACACUGUCUUUAAGAAAGGGUUGGCUCAUUCCCUGGUAGAUGCUUUUUUAAUUCUUAGAGUUGUUCUUUGUGGUUUAGAAUAAGUCUCCAACUAUGACGUGGCAUCUAGCGUCUUUUGGAGGUACAUUUUACCCCAUUCCAUCUAAUCCCAAUUACCUUCAAGAGUGACUUUCGUUUAUGCGUUUGGGGUGCUGGUUUUUUUUUUUUCGCGAGUCCUUUGCGGGUUCGACCUUGGGCCCCGCUUUGCAACCACGUGUCCGUAUGGUCUCCGAAGUGUGCGACCAAUAACCCCCAGCCCGUUAUUUCAUCUUCUUUAUAGAUGGCUUCCUUUUUGGUUUCCGAGGGCUUUAUUUUUGAAUUCCUUUAGGUCAUCAAAUCUGCCGGAUAGUUUCAAGUUUCUUGUGUCUUUGUGAACACCUAGGGUUUAUUUUAAAGCUGUUUUGUAUUGAGUUAUUAUUUUUUUUAAUGUACUUUAUUGGCUUCAUGCACUACUAUUAAUUACAAAAACUAUUGCAUAUAUCGCUUAACUUACUUUACAUUGGUUUCAACAGUACUAACGUUAACAUUUCUCUUAUGUGUAACUAACUAAUGCUAUGUAUGGUUUUGCGCUUAAACUGCGAGGGGCACUUUUUCGUAGCUAAUGACCAAAGCUUUCUAUUCUGUACUUAAAUAAAACUUUAUUAACAAUGCCAGAAAGGUAAAUAGCUUGGUUAUGCAUCUUACUGGUGUAUAUGUAGUAUUUCAUGAUUGUGUAAUUAAAUUUCUUUAAUAUUUCUUUUCGGUAUGGGCCAGAUAUAAUACCAAAUAGUUUCUCUCUGGCGUCUGCAAGGAGACAAAACUGAAAGAAUUCCAGUUUAAAUUAAUUCAUAGGAUUGCAGUUACAAAAAAAGAGCUUCAUCGAUAUGUUAUUAAAGCGGACGAUGAAUGUCUCUACUAUGGUGAGAAAUAUUCAAUUGAUCACACUUUUCUUAACUGUCGAAUUGUAAAGAUUUUCGUAGACAACGUAAUUGACUGGUUUAACGCUGCCAACAACUCGAAUUAAAUUAUCUUUUUCAGGAAUUCUUACUAUAGCUGGGAUGGAGACAGGGCCUGCAGGGAUCUUUGUUCUACUGUUUGGACUCGCUUUCGUCAUCAGUGACGCUGUCAGGGCUCGCAAGAGGGCUGAAGAAGCACUUCAUCAAGCACGUUGUGACGCUUGGAGAGAUUGGUGCAAUUGGGGAAAAGCUAUCUUUAAUAGGAAAGAUUUUAACUUUCUGUAA